CCGAAGCAGGAGCCCCGGCCGAGGGCGCGGCGGGGCUACGCGCACGCUGGGGCGCGUGGAGGGGCGCGGAGGGCGAUAUGAGUCUGGUGGGGGGCUUCCCCCACCACCCGGUGGUGCACCAUGAGGGCUAUCCGUUCGCCGCCGCCGCCGCCGCCGCCGCUGCUGCUGCCGCCAGCCGCUGCAGCCACGAGGAGAACCCCUAUUUCCAUGGCUGGCUCAUCGGCCACCCCGAGAUGUCGCCCCCCGACUAUAGCAUGGCCCUGUCCUAUAGCCCCGAGUACGCCAGCGGCGCCGCCGGCCUGGACCACUCCCAUUACGGGGGGGUGCCGCCGGGCGCCGGGCCCCCGGGCCUAGGGGGGCCGCGCCCGGUGAAGCGCCGGGGCACCGCUAACCGCAAGGAGCGGCGUAGGACUCAGAGCAUCAACAGCGCCUUCGCCGAACUGCGCGAGUGUAUCCCCAACGUGCCCGCGGACACCAAACUCUCCAAGAUCAAGACGCUGCGCCUGGCCACCAGCUACAUCGCCUACCUCAUGGACCUGCUGGCCAAGGACGACCAGAAUGGCGAGGCGGAGGCCUUCAAGGCGGAGAUCAAGAAGACAGAUGUGAAAGAAGAGAAGAGGAAGAAGGAGCUGAACGAAAUCUUGAAAAGCACAGUGAGCAGCAACGACAAGAAAACCAAAGGCCGGACGGGCUGGCCGCAGCACGUCUGGGCCCUGGAGCUCAAGCAGUGAGGAGGAGGAGGAGGAGGAGAGCGCGAGUGAGCCAGGGCCCAGGAGCCGGAAGCCGACCCAGGACUCCGGGCAAGCUCUCCACGCUCUGCUCUGAGGACUUCUUGCAGUUGGAAUCAUCCGGUUUAUUUAUGUGCAAUUUGCCUCCCCUCUCUUUGCCCCCCCUUUGAGGCAUCCGCUCCCCACCUCCCCCCUCCAAAAAAAAAAGUGGAUAUUUGAAGAAAAGCAUUCCAUAUUUUAAUAUGAAGAGGACACUCCUGCGUGGUAAGGGAUCCCGGCGUCUCGUAGAUUCUCUGUGUGUGAAUGUUCCCUCAUGGCUGUGUAGGCACCAGCGUGGCCCCCUCCCCACUUACCCAACCCCUUCCAGAUAAAGACAGCAGACAAUUGUGUGUAUGUAAAGUGUAUCUUUAAUACCUGGCCUUUGGAUAUAAAUAUUCCUGGGGAUUAUAAAGUUUUAUUUCAAAGCAGAAAACGGGGCCGCUAACAUUUCCGUUGGGGUCGGUAUCUAGUGCUGUCUUAUCAUCUGUGGUCAUUCCCUAUUCGAAGAUGUUUCCAACAGCUACUUGUUUUGUGCACUUCCGUCCUCUAAAACUAAGUGGAAUUUAAUUAAUAUUGAAGGUGUAAACGUUGUAAGUAUUCAAUAAACCACUGUGUGUUUUUUUUACAACCCCCCCAAUCUUUUAAUGGUUGAUACCUCAAAAGAGUUUUGAAAACAAAACUGUUAUACUUGUUUUCAUAAUAUUUAAAAUAUUCAGAAGUAAACUAAAUUA